UUUCCACCACCAUCAACAAAACACCAAAUUAUGGCAUUUCUCUUGGAAGAAUGGUGUUGCAUCCUUUCAAUAGAGUUCCAGAUACUUGUAGAAUUUAUGCCAAUGCGCAUUGAAGCUGUUCUGGAGGCACGUGGUGGCCCAACCACCUAUUAAGACAAUUUAUGUUGGUGUUUCCAUUAUUUUUGGCAGUUAGCUGAAUGGUGGUUUUAUUACCAUGAAAUAAUUAUAUAAUUAUAGCCUACUGAAAUUAAAGGGGUCUGGGCCAUUUACCAUUCAUGUUUUCAUCAAGUAAAUAGGCUAUGCAUUUUUACCAUGUUAUUAAUUAUUAUAGACCCCUUUCCGCACCAUUUUUGGCUGUGGGUGACUUCAUCGUCUGGGACAUGGAUUGGUGGAACGGACCAUAUCACGCCCACGUGACCCCUCUUUCUUGGAAUGUUCCUGGAAAGACGAGCGCUCCGUUAACAAGGAAAACUAGGAAAGGAAACAUUGUAAAAAGAAAAAAACUCAGUGCCCAGACACUACACUGGUACAGAGUGCACACUGAUAGACUGACAGGUCGUGCAUUUAGAGGGCAACUCGUGACAUAUUGUGGAUUGUUUGUUGAAUAUAUUCCUGAAAAUAUCAUAGAUCAUGCAGGAUACAAAACAAGUACUCCAGAUCUUUCGUUGCGCUGUGUCGCUCAAGACUUCAGUUUGAAUUGCUGAGGACAUGAGCUGUUUAACCAGUGCAGGUAAAAUGAAUGAUCAGUUGCAGCAGCCAAAUAUAUAUGUUCUGCUUUAUUUAAUGUAUGUUGUCCAAGACAGGAGAAGCCUAAUUGUCAUGCGGUUUAUAUGCCAAAAAGUGGUUUAUGCGCCAAGAAGACGUGAGUUGAGAGAUUCGGCAUCAUGUUUUGUUCGCAGCAUUUAGCCAAUGAAUAUUUUUUUUAUACAAUCACAUCACACUUUACUCAACAUAAUCGAGUUAGGCUGCAGAAGAUCUUCUGAAUAGGCUAUUUCAAGGGUUAGACCUCUGGGGAUUCCAAGUACGCACUCAGGCUCGUUAAGACUUUGGAUGGGUUACACACAGCUGCGUGUCUGAAAUAGUGGACAGUGACUCCUACCAGACCUCGGGUCGACAACAGAUUGAGAACCAUCGGAUGCCCAAAUCCUCCGGUGUACCAUCGCCUUCAGGCCCAAUGAUUAUUCCGACCAGUGCCCCCAACAAAUCCCUCAAUGCAGUCCGGCUAAAGGACACCGAGCUGGAACCACGUCGAAUUGAGUCAAGAGAUAAUGCCUCACGGUUGCAAAGAGCCAUGUCUCACCUUCAGGAGUCAGGCUGGUACUGGGGCCCCAUGACAGCUGCUCAGGCUAAGCAGGUUCUGAUUGAUGCUCCAGAGGGGACUUUCCUUUUGCGGGACAGCUCCUACCAGGGCUACCUCCUCACCCUGUCUGUGAAGACCAGCCUUGGCCCCACACACCUCCGCAUAGAGCAUGCCACUGGCAUGUUUGGCUUCGACUCUGUAAUUGUGGCACGGCCACGACUGCGGCAGUUUGAGGGUGCUGUAGAUCUGGUGCAGCACUAUGCCCUGACUUACAAGCAUCUGGCAAGUCAAAAGGAUGGACUCAGGGCUCAAAAUGACACAGGGGGGGGUAACCCUUUGGCCCCUACAGAGAAAACUCUGCAGCUCAAGCUCACCCGGCCCCUCCAUAAAGUCUCCCCUAGUCUCCAGCACCUUUGCCGCAUCACUAUUAACCAACAUUCUCGCUGUCACCAAGACUUACCCUUGCCUAGGCGGCUACAGGACUUUUUGCUGGAAUACCCUUUUGUGCUGUAGGAAAUGUUAAUCAGAUUUUUUGAUACUCCUGAAUUAGACAAUUUCGAUCAAUGUCCUAAUAUAGUGCUGAAAAUGGGCUUUCCUUUUCCCCCCACCUCGUCAGCUGUAUACACGCUGGUUCCUAGAUUACAAUUUAGCAGAUUUCUCUACAGAUAUCAGAGGCAAAAUGUACCUACUUGGGGUAUAUUAUUAUUUCCUGAAAUAUCACCAUCUUAGGUUAGUUAAACUAAAUCAACAAUUGAGAGUACUGAAAUGGAAUGCUGAAAAAAAGAACAUACAAAAGAAAAUGCCAAAGGGGAAUAGAUAAGAGGUUUGUUAUUGUUAUAUAAACAGUAUUGAAGAAAGAUUAUUGCAUUAGAAAUGGACCACAUUAAUUAAAAACACAAUACACUAUUUCAGCCAAUUCCCCUCAUACCAUGGCUGUUAUUGUGGAGGAUUUUUAAUGAAUAUCAAUCAUGAAGAUUUCCAGAUUUCCUUGCUGCAAAGGUGGCUGAUCUGAGUGUCCUAUCCAUUCCCAUUUUUUCUGAAUCCUGAAGUGUAACUUGGUUAUUAUCAAGGCUGUGUAGUUUCAGCUGAUCUCACUAACUUUUCGUUUUUUUGAAGACUGUCAUUGUGCUAAAUCAAUAUCAGGUCUAAAUUAGGUUUCCUUAUAGAUCUUUGAUAUGCUGAAAUAACCAUCUCUUGAACUGAGGAAUAACACAAUAACAAACAGCAAAAUGCUGCUUGUGAAGCUUCCUCAUAUUCUCCAACACUGCCUUAUUUAUAAAUGAGAGUGCGCUUUCUAUCAUGGUUUAUUUGCGACCAUUUUGCAGAGCCAUUUCGAUAUGACAUUGAUCUGUUUUCAUCUGUGACAGUAGCCAAAUUAACUCCAUUAAUAUUGUUGUUAUUUUUUAUGAUGAUCACUGGUCUAUGUCUCAAGGUCGGGGGAAUUGGCCAAUUGAAACAAUGUAAGAAUGUAAUGUGAGAGAGUGUUGCAUGUUUUCAAUUUUUUUGUGGUUAUACUUUGGUUAAGUUGUUUUACAGGGAGCAUUAAAAUCUUGUGUUGGUUAAAAAAAAUCACUGUCUCUGUUUGUUGAUCAUUUUGGACUUGAGGGAAUAUGAUUAAAUAUAUAAUUGUUG